GUAAACACGACAGAAGCGGUAGAGUUCGAGUUUGUGACCACAGACUUCUGCAUGUUUUUUGUUGGAAAAGUGCUAUUUUCGUGAACCAUCGAACGCAUUUAGAUUGAACGCCCACCUUUGGAAGAGGGUAAUUGAACAGAUAUGCUUAUAGGAUAACUCUGUGGAAGGAUUAAUGAACCAAAGCUAUGGACAGCUUUCGAGGUUCUCCCAGUGAAUUGACGGAAGCAGGUACCGUGUCUCUUGCCAACAGGCUGCUUAGGCAGUGUAACAGUUCAAGGGUAGUUAGAUGUGUGGAAGACAUUACUUCGUCAGUCCUGGUUGAUCUGUUCACAGGGUUCCUUGCGGAAUCACCCAAAGGGCUCAUCACCAGCCCCAUCACUCAAGAAGAUGAGACCCACAACUGUCAGGUGAUCAUUGAUCAGCUGGCUGUCAACCUCCACACCUCACUGUCACACAUCCGCGGACGCAGCAUUGUGGACGGGGAUGCGGUUGUCAUACAGAAUCUCCUGGAGAUCAUCGCGAUGCUCGCAGACAUCAUUCUCAACAAAAUAGACAGCGACUUCUCCACUGACCUGGAUGAUACACGCAACUCUGGCCUCUUUGUGCCCUCCCAUGAUGUGACUGAUGAGCUAUCAAGUCGUGAAGUGAGAUGGGAUAGGCCCUACGGCCCCACAAAUGGAAACCUACCUACAGAUAAGCCAGCAAAAAUAACAGACUUUUAUUCAAGACACUCACCUACGGAUGAUGAGAUUGCUUCCAUUCCGACAAGAUCUCCCAAACCCCUGGUCUCACAGGGUACAGGGCCAAUGUCUAAGAAGCUGUAUGACAAAACCUCUGACCUUCUAGAGAGAGCAAACAAUUUACUGCUACGAAGUCAGGAGCUGAACCUAGCCCACGGAGCCUCAUCCCGCCGACUGUCCCCACCUCCUACCCAUGUCAAGCAGAACACAUGGGUAUCGCCAGGCCGACUUGAUUCGACUGAGGAGCUUGUGCAAGAUGCACACAGAAUACAACAGCGUCUUGAUGAUACAGAUGGACCAUUGCACAAGCUGUAUUCUAGGCCACAUGCUGACCUUGCAUCCAGCAGCACCACCGGCACCUUCGACCACCUCGGGGUGCGUCCCAAGAGGAGGCAGGAUGGCCCCAGCACGACAGUGGAGGCGUCUAAAGAUAAAUCCAGUGGUACUGUGGCUCAGCAUCGUACCAUCACGCAUCAUUUGUACCAUCAUUACCCAUCUUAUGUGUCAGAUUUCUCUGCGUCUGCUCCACUGCCAAGUAAGCACCAGACUCCAGAGAAAGAUCGGCUCCGGGCAACAGUUGGACCUGUGGAUUACACAGACAGGCAAACACAAGCCAGGGCGACGUCAGGUGUGACAAAAACGACAACUACAUCUUCGUCAGCUACUGCUGGAACACUCAGUUCCCGUCCUCUGGCUGCCAAGGGUCUAGCCUCCUCCUAUACAGACCUCCACAGUCUGGUGUCGCAGACGGCAGCUUACGUCCGUGCUGCAGUUCGAACCAGCCCGAUCAGAUCCAGAUUAGAGCGAGAUGCUCUUACAGACUACCAGACACCCCUAGAUAGAGACUUGGUUCGAGACUAUCCUACAACUAGCAGACUUGGCUAUGGGGACCCAAUUACGUCGACAGCCCCAGAAGCAGAGGACCGUCACCUUGCACACGACCUUAAUGCUGCUCCUAAAGAUGUCGCUGCAACAAGACGAACAGAAGAUGUCAUUCGCUCAAGGCUGGACUACAGUGCAGUUUCACCGGGUGCUGCUAGCAGGAAAGUGUCCUUCCUAGAUGACCGAUCCUACAACAGUAGCGAUGUCAGUCGUGAGAAACCCUCCAGAAGCACACGGGGUCAAAGUGAUGAUAUAGGUACGAUUCGCGUUGACAUUCAGCCUAAACGCCGUCCAGCGAAGUCAUCGACUGUCCCAACUCGGGCUGGGGAGAAAUAUGGCAGCUACACUGACCUUGGCUACCUUAGUGACACAGAGCUGGAGAACGGCAAACAGGAUGAUCGCCUCAGGAGGAGGUUCCAUAGAAUGAUUGACAGUGCUCUGACUGGGGAGGGCAGAAAGCCGUCUGUCAGCAACAGGAAGGCCAAGUCUGUCAGCAAGCAGGUGCGCUUCCAGGGGGGGAAGCAAAAGACCGCAUCUUCCAGCAUAUUGUCACAACCUAGCAAACCCAAAAAACAAACACGAGGGGUACUUUUGGACACAAGAAAACAUUUAUUGAAAGAAAACAAGACUCAGAAGAAGAAAACUCAGAUCCUCAAGCAGAUGUAUGAGGAAGACCUGGAGGACCUAGAGGAGGAGUUCCAGGAGCAGGCGGCCCGCGGCAGGAAGGAAGCCAAGGAGACUGAGAAUGAUUUUAAGAAGAAAGUGCUGAAGAAAAAUAAAGUUGGAGAUACCCGAAGACCAAGGGUACAACAAGCAAUACCAAAAAGAUCGGAGGUGACAAUAAAAGUGGUGCCCACCAAGAAGCCCCGGACCCACAAGCCAGCUGUCAGCACCAAAGUGAGGAGACACAGCUCCGGGGCGGGGACGGCCAAGAGGGCGAUGAGUCUAACGGAGGAUGAAGACUUGAUGCCGGUGCUGCUGGAGGAGUUCCCUCACCUGUACCUGUCCGAGCACACCUGGCAUGAACUGUGGAGGCGGGGCAUCUCUCAGAUCGAACAACUCACUCGCACAUAUGAGGAAAACAAACGCAAGAAGAGUCUGGCUCAAGAACAGGUGGAGGGUGCAGAGAAGAGACAUGAAAUCCUGACGAGGAUGGUGCAGAAACAGCUGGAACACUCCAAGCGUCUGCAAGACAUUAAAGACCAGCGCAGUCAAUCUGCAUCAGUAAAGAACAAGAUGCACGAGAAGCGUAUGCAGUCUGCACGUGCCCGCAAGUACUACAAUGAAUAUCAGGUCCGCAUGAGAUCCAAGAUGUUGAAGAGAAGGACAAAAGAAGAAAUGAUCUUCAAGAAGCUGUUUGACGAGUGCCUGGCCAUUCAGAAGGAGCGGAUCCAGGAAGUGCGGCGAUACGCCCGUGAGCAGCGCUCUAACCACGCAGAGCAGCGCAGCAACGAGAUCCAGUCCAUGGAGAACUACUACCAGGACCAGUUCUCCCUGUUGGCGGAGAGAGUUGCCCGGGAGAGGACGGAGACGGAAAUCAGAGAGAAGGCUCAACAGAAGGUGCUUGGUGACAUGAAGAAGGAAUUGCGGCGCCGUAUGGAACGAGAGAUAAAAGAUUAUCAGGAACAAAUGUUCCGAGAUGAAGAUGAUGCAUAUUUCCGUCAGUUGGACGCAGACCGACUGCGGCAUGGGCUUCACCUGGCCAAGUUCCAGGCUCGGGUCUGAGAUCUGCUGCUGCUGAUGUGCAACUGCUGAAACAAGUGCUGGCCUACCUCUGUACCUUUUGGUUCUAUGUCUGUGAUGGGUGCCAAUUGUCUCAAAUAUGGCGAAUCAGUAUUAAAGCUCAUGAUCACUCCAGAAUACAAACUGAACAGACUUGAUAUAUUCAACUCAUGGUCUGUAUUAUAAACAUAAACAUUUCUAGAUGCUAACAUAUGUGAUAGUUGUCGAGAAGCAUCUGAUCUGUGGUAGUUUCAUGAUCAUCUGGUUAUGGGUGAUAAAAGAGAUCCUUGAAAUGACAAGCAGCCCGCUCCCAGGAAGAUGCCCGUCAUCUUUGAAGGAAAGUCACAUGUCAACCAUCCUCAUGCUCACCCAUGGCCUGUGUUGUCUAGCUUUGACUGUGGUCUUGGUACCAUGGACUAUUGUUUGUGAAUCUUAAUAGAAAAUUUAUAUAUAGUUUUAUCCAUGAACAUCACUGUAGAGCUCAACGGCCAAUGUCUGCAGUAGGCUCAAACAGUCAUGACAUCCUACUGCAUUAUUUUUCUGUGAUAUUUUCCAUCCCUCUUUUGUAAGCUAUAUUUGUACAGUUAAUCCGCUAGUACACUGUGUUCAGUUUAUUGUAUACAUUGUCAGUCUUUGAAUGCAUAAUAAUCCCAUGAAAUAUUAUUGAUACACUGAAAUUUGGGUGUCUGUAGUUCAUUGUAAAUUUAGCAAAACUAUUUAUUUGUAAAUAUUUCCGUAAUAAAAACUAAAAUAAUUGUAUAAAG